GACCAUCAUGGAAAGUGGGAUAAAUCAAGAGGAAAGCAAGGAAAGCUUAGAGAAGAGGUAUUUUGUUGGCUGAAUAUUGUAAAUUUAUUAUAUUAAAAAAAUAUGUACUUCAGAUUCCUUUCCCAUGUAGGUCACUUCUGCCAGUUUAUUAGUAAGAAUGCAAAAACUGCAGUAUCUUCAGGGGCCUGCUCUAUGAGAUUUGAGAGAAGCUACCUUUAAUAUUACAGUCAAUUUUUUUGCCUUUCCUCUAUUUUAAUCAUGGCUUUUAACCGUGACCCAGGUUCUGUCAGCAAAAGAAGAAGUCCGCCCAGAGUAUGAAGAAUAUUUGCUUCUGCUACAGCAGAGAAACAGGUGAUUGAAGAAUGCAUUUUAGAAAUUUUUUCAUACAUUCUGAUUUAAAAGUGUAUAUUUAAUAAUACUCAUCAAGGUUUUUUUGUUACAAUAAUAGCUUUUUUUUAAUAGCUAAGGGUGGUUAGGAAGUUUUCGGUAAACUAUGGAAACUUAAGCUUAGCACAAUUGCAUGUCACUGAGCCAUUGUCCUUCCCAUGGCUCAAACCCACAGCUUGCAAUAUAGAGUACAGCACAUUCAUUACUGAGCCAUUGCACUUCCUGCAACAGGGCUGAGGAAAAAAAUCUGCCUUUUUGUGCUCUUCAGGUGAACCCUUUGUAAAAUAUUCUUCUGUUUAAUAUGAAACUAAGCAAUAUGGAUACCAAAUGUUCUUCUUCUUUCUCUCUGGUUUUAAUUCUGUACAUGUAUAUACAAGUAUGUUAGAGGUUGGUACCUGUGUUUGAGCUGACUCAAUAUUUAUACUUAUUUUCAAUAUUUAUGGAAUUAAAACAGAGUCAUCUUUACCAGUUAUAAUAUACCACUUGUCAUUAAAUUCUAUUUACUUUAUUAGCAGCUAUUUUUUAUGUUAAAUUUUAUGAAUAAUGCAAAUUUUCUUCCCUCUUAUUCUUUAUAGACUUCUAAAGAAACUAAAGGAGAAGAAUGAACAAGAGAUUGAAUUGGAAAAAAAGGAGCAAGGAUUCUCUAUUUAUGUCAACGGUGCUAAUGUAGAGCUUGGCCAAGCUUAUUCCAGGGCAAAAUCACGCAGUUCAUCAAGGCAUGCUAAGACAGCUGGAGGUGAAAUAAUUAUAUUUCACAAGAUAUUAAGGGAUUUAGGAGAAUUAAUGAUUUUGACAUGAUCAGCAGCUAUCAAGUUGAGGCAUAUAUUAAAACCUUUUUCAUUAAGGAGAGUAUUUUUUACUUGUUUACCUUAUGUGCUUAUUCCCCUAAUUAUGCAAUCAUGCACAGUACAGGAUGUGUGAUGCAAUACUGAGGAGUCACCUUGAAACUUUAGUCUGCACUUCUUAGUCUGCAUAGCUGAUUUUUUUUGUUUUCAAUUGAUUUCUUACUCAGAUGUUCAUCGUGAAAGAAAAAAAAUCUUACAACAUGAACUGGAAACAUUAGAAAGAGAAGCUGAAGCGAGGUGAUGAAGCUAGGACUUGUUAUACCUAUGGUACAUAAUUAGCAAUGAGGCUGCAACCUUUAUAGAAGUCAAAAUUAACAUGUACAGUAAUCUUAAAGAAAAAAUCCUCUAUGAAUGUCUAUCUUUAGUUAGCAACUACACACCUACCUCUCCCCUGACCAAACAAUAACCCGACUUGUUAUCAGUUGUUUGUUGUUGGGUUAGGGAGGGGUAGGGAUGCAGCUGCUCAGAUACUGACCUUCAUCCAAAAUCCCUCAGCAAAAUGAAAUGGAAUCAUUAUGUUGCAAUUUACCAAAUAUUUUUUGGGACAACAAGAAAUCUGAAUUACAUUUAAAACUAUGUUGUAUAUUUUAUUUAUAUCAGUACCCUAAGUUCACAAAAUUUGCAAGAGUAAUUUUUACAUAAUUUGGUAUAUACUUCAAUUAUUUGUUCAUACUUGGAUAAUAUUUCAGUGUGGAAAGCAUAACCUUUACAAAGUUAUUGAACUUUAACAUUUGCUGUCAUCAUAGAAUUAACCUUAAAUUUACCUCUCUACUUCAGGGAUGUCAGAGUGAAAACAGCUCCUGAUCCCACUCCUAGUACAAGAAAAGGCUGGAAAUAUGUAUGUUAACUGUACACAUCAAUUCUAGAACUAUAGAGUGAUGCACUAGCUUCUUGCCCUUAACCCAUGAACAACUAAGGAUACAAACAAAUGAUGCAUUUUAGUCUGACAUUGUUGGUUACCCUGUGCCAAGAUGGAAAAAGUAUUGGUGUGAGGGAGAUACCUGGCAAUUCAAUUUUACUCAUUUGAUCUCCACAGAAACGAUGCAAAGGGUAUUAGCUAUUUCACUGCCUUGAGAGAGACCUUUGUACUGGCAGAGACUUGAAAUGUAUCAGUAUUGUCUGUCAGUUACAUGAGGGUAGCAAAAGGUUAAUAUGUGAUGUAUGAUCAAGGCCAUAAUCAAUACAUGAUGUGUGAAUUUUACAGAAAGGCGAGAUUGAUUCAUGAAUUUAUGAACCAGCAUGAUAGGUGAUUUCCUCCCUAAAAAUAAGUGACUCAUGAAUUUUUCUCACAUUUUGUGUUAACCUUAAGAUUUCCCUUAAAACUUUGUACAUAAAAAGAGAGAUUUGCAGUUUUCCCCUUUAUAUACGUUACACAAAUUUUUUUCUGAAAUGAAUGGGGAUUAGGACCCCACUUUGCCAUCCUUCUAUUCCAUUCUGAUCAAUUUGAGAAGUUUUCUGCACUAUGAGACUCAGUUGUCUGGCCAAAAAUUGUCAGGCUAGCUAGCCAGAUAAUUUUGGGCUCUAACACAGACCUCUGGUUCUGCAUUGCUUACCCUGGUGCAGAGUGACUUGACUACAGAUCUAUCUGAUUUAGCAGAUCAGGAUCAUCCCAAAAGCAAUCUGUCUAUAUUUUUAAAUGUCCAUGCUAUUGAUCUCUCAUUAGGAUUCAAUACAAAUUAAAACAGUUGGAGGAAAGAGUGUGAGACUGAGAGCUCCAGGUAUUAUUUGGAUUGAUUUUCAAAUUGUCAUUGCUGAAAUAAUUGUGGGUUUAACAAUUGUAAAAAGUGAUUAUAUGGUUACUAAAAGUUCAAAUUGAGAUAAUCUCAGGUUCAAUAGGAGGAAUGGUAUCUAAAACAGAAUGGCUUUGGAUUUUUUUUUUCAUUUCAGCUAUUUUUUUUGGAUCAAUACGUCCACAGUUAGAAACCGCUGAAUGGAUAAGUUAAAAUUAGAAGUUCAGUAAAUUUUCAAAAACAACCACAAUAAAAACAUCUACACCUGUAGGCAUAUUUUAUUUUGAUCAUUGUUUGUGUUUUAACUCGAGUCAUAGAAAAAUUUAAGUAGGUUGUGUAGAAAGUUUUACUCAUGCAUCCAAUCAGACAAGUGGCUUGGAGCUAUAGUCAUUCAAUCAAGACAAAAACAUUCCUGUACUUGUUACAGACGAGUGGAAGGGUGACAGUUUUUGACCCUGUUAAUUAAAUAAAUAUUCUCAUUGAUUGAAAGAAACCUCACAAACUUGUUAUGGGUUGAAACCAUCACAUUCACAAAACUUAUCAUUUUUAGGGAGGAUUACUGGUAAAUACAGUGAGGACUUUGAAUCUGUGGCUGUGGAAAGUAGUGACAGUGCCUCUGACCAGGUGAAGAUUUCAGUGCAUGCCUGUACAACUGUGCAUAAAUAUCUAACAAAAUGUCCCCUUACAUUUUUUCUCUCUGUUGAUGACAUGUUUUUUUUCUGGUGACCAAAUUUUUUAUGUUUUUAGCCCACUAAGUUAAAUAUCUAGUUACCUUAGAUCCCUGGUUGCAAACAGGACAUACUGAUCUAAAGAUUAAAAGGUUUUGGUUUCCAGUGUCAGUGAAACAGGACAUAAUUAGGAAGCUUAUUCUUCAAAAUUGAGUAUGCUUAGUGUUUACUUAAUAGUUUUUCACAAUGUUUUAAAAAAUAAUUUGCUAAAAUCUAUGAAGCAUUAAAAAACAAAAAAGUAUUAAGGUUUGUUGUAUUUCCAAACCAUGAUCAGCUAGCUGAAGAAAAAAUAGCACAUUCUUAGACUCAAUUUAAAAUUUUGAACAAGUUUUGUUCUCAGGAAUUUAGCAUCAGAGUUGUUGUUCAUUUACAUAUUUUAUCCAUGUCCAUACAAAGUCACAAAAUCAUUAUUAAUUUCAUGUGCUGUAAUCACUCUAGGAUGUUGCUGAUAAUGACCUAAGUGAUCAAGAUGAGUUAGAGUUUAACAGUGAUGAUGAAGAGGAUGAACUUACUCUCAGUUUCAAUGAUGUUGAGGUAUAUGCAGCACUUCCAUCUAUAAUUAUGUCUAUACCAUUAGGGACAUACUUUGUCUUUUUUAUCAUAAUGCCUUUUAUUCCUUGAAAUUUGUUUAUUACAUUUGUUAGAUUGCAUGUAUUGUGAUAUUCUCCUUGGCUUAUUACAAUAGACACUUCGCAAGUCUCUAGAAGCUGAUGAAUCCAUAAAGGAAAGUAUUGAAGCAGCCAAAAAGGUAUUGACUGUAACUCUUAUUGGCUCCUAAUUUACACAGAGCCACAUAUAGCAAUUUGAUUCUUUGCCAUAGAUUUUUGUAUACUGUAAUUAUAAGUUUACCAUCUAGAUAUAAAUGUAAAGCAUAAAUGUGUAGUGAUCAAAUACAUAAAAUAUGCUUUACCUUACAAAUCGUUGAAGCCAGGAAAAAAAAAAUCAAUUAAUACAUGUAUGCCUUCUGCUCUUCAGAGAAUAGAGGAAGAAACAAAGGAGAAAAAUGCCAACAACAAUAACAUUAUUGAUGAUGACAAUGAGGAUGAAAUUGAAGAAGAAUUAGAAGGAGCAAAUAGUAGUUUAAAUCUCCAUGAUGCAGCUGCGUUAGAAAGACUACCACAAUUGACAAGUACACCAGACAAAAGACAGCAUGAAGUUGAAAGCUCUAUAUACACUAGUAACAACAUUUCAGAGAGUCUGGGGUUUGGGAAAACCUCAUCAGUUGACACUGACCAUGAAAAAACUAAAUCUGUGAAAAGCAAAGACUUGUCUGUGACUUCUGAUGGCAAUCAGAAAAAAACUCAUCAAAGAAGCAAAAAACAUAAAAAUGAAUCAGUGAACCCAGUUGAGGAUCUUGUUGUUCUUAGUUUUUCAUCAUUAACAGGUGAGUAUGAGCCAGUGUAG